AGUUUCGUUUAUUUUAUUUUUUGAUAAAAUUUGUUAUAGUCGUCGCGUCCUUCGAUCCGCGGCGGCGAUUGUCGCUCGUGUUACGCGCGGUGGGGCGGGUGGGGAGUUUUUUGCCAUUGCAUAUAACCUCAAAACGACGCCGCCGCCGCCGCCGAAUGGGGGAAUCGAUGUGCGGGCCCCCGUGACGGUUGUCCAGUGCUGGAGUGCAAGAGAGGGACAGAGUUAGAGAAAGGUGCAAAGUUCCAAACAAAUCGUCGCAAAUUACGAGAAGAUUGUCGUCGUCGUCGUCGUCGAUGGAGCGGAAAAUGUUGGAGCAUAAAGGAGACGGCAACCUGAUUAGCGAAAUCAUAACCAGGCUCAUCCUGUGGAUGGUUUUCAUCUACAUGGAGCUGUGCACGCCGUUCAUCAGGACGAUUCAGCCGGAGGAACUGUGGCGGUACAAGUAUCCGCCGUCCAGGCAAUACGUGACUUCAAAUAUGCUCUGGUUCACGGUGAUUGCGGUGCCGAUGAUGGUGCUAACGUUGGACGUCAUCCGAACGCGAAAUCGUGCCGCCUUUCGCAGCGGAAUCCUCUGCCUGACGCUGCUGCUGGGCUUGAACGGUUUCGUGACGAUCCUGCUGAAGUUGACGGUGGGAAGACCGAGACCCGACUUCUUCUGGCGCUGCUUCCCGGACGGAGGCGGCGACGAGAAUCUCGAAUGCACAGGCAAUCCGCAGAGCGUCCUCGAGGGUCGGAAGAGUUUUCCCAGCGGACACGCGUCCUUCUCCUUCGCCGGUCUAGGUUUUCUCUCGCUGUACCUGAACGGCAAGUGGCGAGCUUUUCAGCCGGGCAACGGGCAAGCCUGGAAGAUGAUCUGCUGCCUCAUACCGAUCCUGGUGGCAACAUGCAUAGCCGUCAGUAGGACGUGCGACUACCACCAUCACUGGGAAGAUGUCACCGUGGGCGGAAUGUUGGGUGGAGGACUCGCGUACAUCUGCUACAAUCUGUAUUUCGCCCAGCAUCCAUCUGGUUCCACGACGACGACCACCACCACCUCAAAUUAGCGAGAAUAUUAUAUUAGCACGUAUUGAACAAGCAAGAAGGCAUGUACGCACGAGUGGGGAAAGUGAGAGACGAGAAAGAGAGAUAUAGAGAGA